AUGAGGCGCGGUCGAGUUAUUUUAGAAAGAAGAUCGCUCCUCUACUCGUCUUCGACCUCUAUCGGUGCGGCUUCCCCUGCAAAUCCUCGACCUCUUCUUCCUCGCAGAGUCUCCUCUACUGUUCGACCUGCCUCCUUUGCUCGCCCCACUCGUCCCCGGUCUGCACCUUCAUCCCGGACUGUCGCCCCUAUUCGUCCACGGGCCCCGCCUACUGCUCAGCCCUUCACCCCGACGCCCCUUCAGUCAAUUGAUCCUUUCCGACCGACCUCUAGCCCUGGUCGCGGUCGCGGUCGCAGAUCGGCCAACGUCCCCUAUGUCAGCCCUGCCUUCAGAGAAGCUUCUCAGGCAGCUCGUCAGGCCCGUUCUGUGAAUGACCGCUCGGGCCAAGAUGCCCCUUCUUCUUCUCGACGCAGGGUUCGGCUAUCUUCAGAAGAUUUUGACUCGGACGAUCAGCCCUUGGCUCAGAGACUUCGCCGUAGAGCCCCCGAUCCCAGCCAAGAUUCGAGCCCUUCUGCUGUUCCUCCUCCUCCGCCUCCUGUUACAACCCCGACCCCUGCCCCGGGCCAGGCAGAUGCUUCCCCUGCUCCGCCUGAGGUUCAGGUCGAGCCUCCGUUAGCUCAACCUUCCACUUCGCAACAACAUCAGAGCACUGAGGCUGGCCCCUCGCAUCGCUCUUCACCAGCCACUUCACCUCCAGAACCUUCUCAGGUGCCUCCCGCAGCUCCUUCUGGGUCAGCUGCUGGACCUUCUCAACCACCACUACCUGUUCCUCUCUAUUAUUGCACCACUGCUCCUUCUGAGGCUGAUUUACAAUCGCGGCAAGAUGUUCCCACCAGCUCCUUGACAAUGAAAGGUCGUCUGGCCACUUUGUGGGAAGAAAAGUCUCUGAUGAUAAACCAGUCCUUCCAGGUUGUUCAUCAUCAAAAUAAGAUGCUGCAAGAUAUGAUAACAGAAUUGGAGCUUCAAUUAAAGGACCCUGCGCAGGCUAGUCAUGCCCUGAGAGCCGAAAUAAAGGAUCUGACCAAAAAGAAGAAUCAUCUGGAAGUAUCCUUGGCUCAUACUAACCAUAAGCUUAAGGGUCUUCAAGAAGAAAAAAGUCAGGUCGACACCGUGCACCAGCAACGUAUAGACCAACAGACUUUGGAGCAUCAGCGAGCUAUUGAUCAAUUGACCCAGAAGCUGUGUGCUGCCGAAACUUUAGCACAGGAGCAGGACAAGAAACUAAAAUCCCAGGCGGCCCACUUAAAGUCUCAAGCGGCAGCGCUUCUGGCAGCCCAGAUUGAACUGGCUCAGGCCCGAGCUACAACUGAAGGAGUAUCUACAGCUCUGACUAUUUAUAAGGAAGGGGAGAAUAAUCGCUAUAAACAGAGUCGCGACCUGUACCUGCGCUCUCCAGAGUUUUAUACACAAGCAGGGCAGCGUUUUUCCACGUCUGUCAUCUAUGGUGCGGCUGGGGCUCUGCGACAACUUUAUGAACAGGGCUACUUGAAAUCAGCUCCUACUGAGUUUUUAGAUCAUGACCGAAUCCUUAAGGAGAUUCCGGAUAAGAUUUUCGCUCCUUUCAAAUGA